UGCUGCUGGCGGCCAUGUUGGCUCUGCUCCUCUUCAUCAGCUCCUUGUGGCUCCCUCAGGGCGGAGUCAGAGACUGUGGCGGCUCUUGGCAGCCAUGUUUGAAGUUUUACCGCCAAACGCCUCUAUUGGUACCUAAGGAGGGGGCGGAAGCCGCGCCCCUCAUACCGGAGUGUCCCGGCCAAUCGUUUCAGGCCGGCCGUCUGCUGCAGUAUUUAAAGUCCAGCCUGGAGAACGCCAACGACGUCCUGCUGGAGCCGUACCUGCAGAGCUGGGAUCAGCUCCUCAAGUUCAUGGAGUCUCUCGGGACGAUGGCCGGUUUCUUUUCUCACAAAGUGAGGGAAAAAGUCGCGCUGAUAAGAGAGCUGUCGCUCAAACGCAGCCUGGGGGCUCAUGGGAAACGUGGUCCACCUGACAGCUCUGGACUACAAAUCGGGGCGAAUCGGUCGGUUCGCUCCAUGGUGGAGGCGGAGCUAAAAGAUGGCGUGGUGGACUUCUCGCGGCGGACGGACUCGGGUUGCCGGACGCUGCUGCGGCUGCAUCGGUCUCUGCUGUGGUUGAAGCUCAUGUUGGAGGGUUUGGCUGAAGGACCGGACGCCGACGGACGGUACAGAACACCUGGAGAGCUGAGCAGGGCUGCCUACAUGGUGGCGUUGGCCCCCCACCACCCCUGGGUGCUCCGUCAAGCUGCAGAGUUCGUCUUCCUCGCUCUGCCGGACCGACGCUACUUCCUACAGCUGGUUUGCGUGCAGAGCCAGCGGGAGGCCACGCCCGUCCUGCACGCCAUCAUUAACGCCCUCGUGCUUGUGCACACGCAAACUCAGCGAAUCCUGGCCGAACACGACAUGCUGGAGCUCCCCUGAACGCACCACGGAGACACCCUGAAAACCCCCUUUUUUGUGCAA